AAUUUAAGCAUUAUGACCAGCUACAGAAAGUAAAUGUAUCAGAAAUAAGAAUAAGGAACAAGUGGUGAACACAAACUGAACCACUUUGUCACAAUCCAACCCAGCUUUUUCUUUUUCAGUGAGAAUAAAAUUACCCUGCAGAUGCAUUCCAUGUGCUUUGCCACACAGACAAUGAGUUACAUCUUUGAGACAAAAACUGAGGAAAGCUAUUUACAUUCGAGUGAGGUUUUCACACCCUUUUGUGUGUAUAAUGUCUAGGAUAAAUGCGGUUCACUUUCAUUGUUUACCUUUAGACAACAUAGGUAACAUAACAUUACCUUUAGAUGCUCCUUCUUUCCGCUAAGAACAGAAACGUGUCUGUUUUCUGAAAACUAAGGUUUUGUAUUGUUGCUAAUCAUGUUCAUGCCUGUACCAUGAACACCUUUUUUAUUGUAAUAAACAUCAAAAAUAAUUUGCCAUCGAUUUCUUUUUCCUGCUUUGUUUUCUUAUACCACCAGUUGGCCUUCAACAAAGCGUAACCAGCGACAAAUGUUGGUGUUCCACUAGUCCUCUAGUGUGAUGGGCAAGUAGGCUCAGCAAGAUGGUCGAUUUACCCACUAUUUGUCUAUAUUUCCUUGAAUGAUGUGACCUUUUAUUGAACAUGCUGGCAAUAAAAGAGAAUGAAGAAGAAAUAAAAUGUCAUGAUUUUGCAGAGAUUCUUGCCAUGAAACUAUCAUUGAAUAAGGCUGAAUGCAAAGUAACAAUUAUGUUCAAAACAUUUGGUGAGAAUAUUGUGGAAUAAAAACAAGAAAAAAUGAAAGUAUUACUACACUUAUAAAAACUAUCAGGCACAGGUCAAGACGCUUAAAGUAACUGGAAAACAAUGUAAGCUUGUAUGAUCACUGCAUUCUGCUUCCAUUUAUUUUGUUUCAUGGAUAUUAACUAGAAAAGACGGAGCUUAAAAAGCAUUGAACAGGUCGGCAAUUGCUAUAACUGAAAUAAAACGUAUACAAUUUUUGAAAAACAUAAGAUUAGAAGGGGAAAAAUCAAUUGCUUCCUGAUAAGUUUCGGUCCCCCUUGUAGUCCAGCAGGUGGCACUACUGCACAUUAUAGUUGGUAUCACAUUUGUAUUAAGACGCCAGAAUAAGAAAAGGAAAUUGACCAUGGUCCUGGAAGCAGACGAAACCUCAGUCUAAGAUAAUAUUUUUCAACUGUAUGGCUGAGUGUUACUGCAGGAUCAUCAGGUCUGAUCCGGUACCGGUCCACGCGACUCAGAGAGGUCUGACUUCGGCUCUUCGUGUCUUUGCGGAACUGAAGGACCAUGUCGGCCCACAAAACAAAGAAGGUUAAAAUGGCAACUAAAUCCUGUCCUGAAUGUGACCAACAGAUUCCAGUUGCCUGCAAGUCCUGUCCAUGUGGUUAUGUAUUUAUCAGCAGAAAACUUCUAAAUGCAAAACUCAGCGAAUGUCCUUCACCAGCUAUUACAGACAAACUGGACUUCAAGCGCAGAAGAACAGAGCGCAUUCGCAGAGAGAGGAUUGGCUCUCCUCUAACCAGUGACUCGGAAAACCACAGAAGAUCCCGAGCCAACAGUCAGUCAGAUACCAUCCGUAGAGGCCGUGGUCGACCAAAGACUGUGGGCCUGAAGAAACAGGAAGAAGAGAAGGAAAAACAAGAAAAGGAAGUGGACGUAUAUGCCAGUCUUUCUGAUGAAAAGGCAUUUGUCUUUUCUGUGGCCUUGGCUGAGAUCAACCGCAAGAUCCUGAGUCAGAGACUUAUUCUAUAGAUUAAGACCAAAGAGUAGAUCAGAACAAGAGUUGACUUAGGCUUGAGUCACAUUGAAGUCGUCUUUAAAUAGUGGAUACUUGAGUUGGGAUGAAAUGGGCAAGACUCAACUUAAACUUAUCACAAAGGUUUGACCCUUGACAAUGACUUAAAAAAUUACUUCUGAAAAUCUCUGGACCUUCAUAGUUGCGAAAAUCAUUUUACAGGUCAUAAUGGCUUGUGAAAUAACCAAAGACUGCACACCUGGCUGGAGUACAUGCUUCUCCUGCAAAAGGGAUCUUCAUAAAAUAAACAGAGUUAGAUUUUUCUUUUAUGGACAACAGUAUAUAUGUGGUUUAAAUAUGAAUGUUGUAAUGGCUUUGAUUAUUGUUUAUAUGCUAGUAGUAAAGGACCAUUAACCUCUCAUUUGCUGAAUUUUAUAUCCAAUUCUAUAUAAAACAUUUUUUGUUGAAAAUCAGAUGCUCAGUAGUGUUAAUUUGAGUAUAGAACACAAAAGAAAGUGUAUGUUUGGCUCUGGUAUAGAUUAGUGACUUGAAAAUAUUAUGAAUACAAAUCUUCAGUUGUAAUGUAAUUGAAAUGAAUCACAGAAUAUAUGUUUGAACAAACAUUGUUUUUUUUAUCAUAACUGUAUUUUUAAUGCAUAAAACGUAUUUUAAAAAACAUGUCUGCAAAGUCCUACUGACUGCAAGCCAGAAAAGUAGGCCUCCUUACACCUGGAUCUUCCCCUAAGUCUCCUCCCGGUGGGACGUGCCCGGAACACCUCUCCAGUUAGGUGUCCAGGAGGCAUCCUGACCAGAUGCCCAAGCCACCUCAACUGGCUCCUCUCGAUGUGAAGGAGCAGCGGCUCUACUUUGAGUCCCUCCCGGAUGACUGAGCUUCUCACCCUAUCUCUAAGGGAGAGCCUACUGAGAAAACUCAUUUCUGCCACUUGUAUUCGUGACCUCGUUCUUUCGGUCAAGACCCAAAGCUCAUGGCUAAAUUAGGGUAGAUUAGGGUAGGAAUGUAGAUCGACGGGUAAAUCAAGAGCUUUGCUUUUUAACUCAGCUCUCUCUUCAUCAUGACAGACUGGUACAGUGCCCACUUCACUGCAGAUGCUGUGUCAAUCCAUUUAUCAAUCUCCCUCUCCAUUUUUCCCUCAUUCUUGAACAAGAUCCCGAGUCACUUAAAAUCCUCCACUUGGGGCAGGACAUCCUCCCUAACCUGAAGAAAGCACUCUACCCUUUUCUGGCUCAAGAUCAUGGCCUCUGAUGUGGAGACACUGAACCUCAUCCCAGCCUCUUCACACUCGGCUGCAAACUGCUCGAGUUUGCAGCUCGAGUUAGGUCACGGUCUGAUGAAGCCAGCAACAUAAUCUGCAAAAAGCAGAUACAUGAUCCAAAGGCCACCAAAAUAAACACCUUGGCUGGUCCUAGAAAUUUUGUCCAUCAAAGUAAUGAACAGAAUCACUGACAAAGGGAAGCUUUGGCAGAGAAAACUCUCACUGGAAACGAGCCUGACUGAAGGCAUGUUUUUGGCAAUGCGGACCAGUUUCUGACACUGAUCAUACAGGGCCUAACAGCCCGUCUCAAAGGGCCCAAUUCCCCAUACUCCUGGAGUAACCUCACAGGAUUCACCGAGAGACACAGUCGAACACCUUCUCCAAGUCCACAAAACACAUGUAGACUGGAUGGGCGAACUCUCAUGCACCCUCCAGGAAUCUGCUGAUGGUGUAGAGUUGGUCCAGUGUUCCACGAAGAAGACGAAAACCACACUGCUCUUUCUGAAUCCGAGAUUCGACUGUCCGAUGGACCCUCCUCUCCAGGACCCCUGAAUAGACCUUACCAUGGAGGCUUAGAGGAAACCAUGAUUAGUUAUAAAAAUAGACCUUAUUUGGGAAAUAUUUAUUUUAGGUGUAAAAACAAUACAGUAAUAAUACUGUAGGUUAUUUAGUUUUUAUAAAUUUUAAUAAAAUAUUUUCACAAGAA